GCUCUCGUACGCUCCCUUAUUACCUAAGCUCACCACCAUCGGCCCUAGCCCCAGCUUCGCGAUUCGACAAGUCGCGAUACCUCGAUUCCACCCCAGUCGGGUCGCCGCAAUAAUCUACCACUUCCCGAUAUGCCCGACAUAGAUCCCGCGGCCUUGAGCAGCCGCCCAUCUGUCAGCCUGUCUACUCCCAUCCUGAAAACAAUUACCGUUUCGACACCGGCCACCCAAAAGAUCACGAAGACAAGCCAGAUCAUUCCCGCCCGUAUCGAUCUUGAACCAUUAUACACAAGCUUGAAGAGCGCCAUUGGCAUCGAACAAUGGAAUAUCUACAAAGAUGCCUCCACCCAGUUCAUCUUGGGUCGGUUGAACCAAGUUGAAUAUUCCGAGCGCAUCGAUCCAAUACUUGCCUCUCCAAAUGGCGAAAAACUCCAUCUCCACAACCAGCUUUUGGCGGCAAUAUAUGGCAAUUUAACUAGAGAAAUGCCCGAUCAAGGGCUUGCACCAUGGGUCUCUGCUAACGACAAACCGGCUGCCAACGUUGGCGCAAAGCCCGUGACCGGUGAUGCGGCUGAACGAAGAUUGAAGGCUGAGGUCAUGCAGCUGCCAAGCCGCGACCGCAGGCGUAUCAAGGAUCUGGCGCUUAAUGAUUUCGAUCCACACGAUGUCAUGGCCGACAUGUUUAUGGAGCACCAUCGAGGUAGGGCCACUCGAGCUGCGGACAUCCCCCAAAGCGCUACAGGGCUUAACAACAUGAACCUGGACUUGGAGAUAAAGAAGCGGUUUGCGCAACCCCUGGCCGUCGAGUCUGGGGAGUUCCCCGACUCCGCGAGCAUCGAGUUGCAAAUGCUGCCGAUAUCAUAUGCCGCCGGCCUGGUUGGUGGCCAUACUCCCGAGGUUGCACAGUUUAUGUCGGUUGCCACCGAGACAUUCAUCAAAGAAUUUUUGUCGACUGUAUUCGGGAGGACGAGAAGCAACGGACCCGGUGACUCAGGAAGUGCGGGUUUCGGGGCUGGUGUUGGGUGGAUACAAACCCACAAGUACCGCCGGCAACUUCGAAAGGAAGAAGCUGCUCUCAAUAGAGGCGAACUGUCUAGAGACAAGAGCGGAUUGCUACCGGUCGAAGCAAAGGCAGCGAGCGAACGUCCGCCGCUUGGAAUGGCCGAUCUACGUCUUGCGCUGGAAAUUGGUGAUUGUGGCAUCAGCUCAUUGCCAACGAUCCGCCAGUCAGUUUUACACACGUAUAGAGAUGGCGAACUGGACCACUAUAACAAUUAUACAUAUGUGCCCGGACAGGGGCAGCCACGCAAUAGCGACGAGAACAUGGUCAAUGGGGUUACGAGCAGCCAUAAAGAUGGGAUGACUAAUGGCACGGCGCCGGAUUCCAUGGAUAUUGACGAUGAUGAACCUACUUGGGCGGGCACAAGUUUGCAUGACAUGCAGACGCUCGACGGUGUGUUAGACGGAUUAUUAGCUAUGCCUUAGUAGUAUGUAUGUAUAUAGUACUCUGUAUCAGCAUUGGGAUGGCGCAAAGGGCAGGUUGCAUUGGUACCACUGGAAAGUCUAAAAGGUGUUCGGCGUUUUGGUUCAAGUAGUGAAGGGAUUUGUGAUGGAGGGACUUGUACUGAAGGAGCCUGUACGUUGACGUCCACGAUACCCCAUUGGUUCCUUCAAUCUAUUGCUUGUCAAGAUAUCGUCUUGGUACUUACCUAAACUUACAUGAUAACUGCCUCGGCGGUCUGGAUGUAAAAAGAGUGUGAAUGAGGGUUAGAUAUCUCAUGGUUACAGACGAGUGCCGAAGGGAAACCCUACGAGCUGCCUAACAGUGCAGGGUGUUAUUAGGGUGCUGCACUCAUUAGCUGAGGCACUUGUAUCCAAUCUCAUCUACUAGAUAGAUCAGCUUAGGUCGCUUAUUCUGAAGUGGAAGGACUUUUGGCUGACUUUGGAAUGUCUAUAUGUAACGUGUAAACGUGUUAGCGAAUGAUGGAGACUCGGCGGGAUGCGACGGCAUGACGUUUCGUGUGGGGUUUUCACACUGUCCGAGCUUGACGCGGUGGGCACGCGUGUUGAAGCGCAGCGCAGCGCGUUCGUAAAGUGCCUUAAUAGACAUGACCCCCACCUCCAAUUAAUUGAUUGC